AAUUCACUUUGAUCUCUACACCAAACACAAACCUUGUACCUCAUUAUAUAUACACACACAAAAUGAAAACUUCUUCAACAACCAAACACAUCCCAAAGAAAAACAUAACACAUUUUCACUUUUCACACCUUCAACAACACUAUCAUGGCAGAGAAAGAAGGAGCAAUUGUGAAAAAAGGACACGACGAAAGUCUAAAAACAGCGGUUUCUCUACUCCAAGAAUUUGAACUACCAGAAGGACUUCUUCCACUUGCUGAUAUCAUCGAAAUCGGGUACGUGAAAGCAACCGGUUUCAUUUGGAUUACACAAAAGAAGAAAGUUGAGCAUAAAUUUAAUCUGAUAAGUAAGCUUGUGAGUUACGAUACUGAGAUAACUGGUUACAUUUCAAAGAAGAAGAUUAAGAAACUUAAAGGUGUUAAAGCUAAAGAGCUUAUGUUAUGGCCACCUGUUAAUGAGAUUACUGCUGAUGAACAACCAACUGGAAAGAUUCAUUUCAAGAGUCUUGCUGGUAUUACAAAGACUUUCCCUGUUGAAGCUUUUGCUGCAGGACAGUGAUUAUAAUAUAUGUGAUGUGAUGUGAUGAAUUAAUUAAUGUUAUGACUUAUGAGAAUCUACCAAGCCUAUAUGGAUGUUUGGUAUAGAAUAAAAAAUGAUUAUUGCUUUGUUUCUGUUUUAUUUGGUGUAAUUUGAUUUAAUUCAUGCUAUAUUAUAGUAAGGGGGUUUGGUUUGGAAUCUCUAAUGUAAUAUUUAUAUGUUAAACAAUUGAUAUAAUCAUAUGAAAUGAAAG